ACGUGUAAGAAAGUAUACAAAUCAUCCCAAAUCUGGUAUAUAUUCUUCUGAUGAUUCUGAAAUCGAAACUAAUCAACCUUCAGAAUCUUCUGAAUUUACUACUAAAGAAGAUGAAGUUACAAGUGAAUCCGAUGAUAGUGAAUCUGAUGAUAAUGGUGAUUUUGAAAUAUUUGAGGAUUAUGCACCACUGGAUUAUGAGCUAUUUCAAGAACCACUAAGUAUAGAAUCAAUUGAUGAUGACUGA